AUGAGGAGUGGAGGUGGGGGGGUGGCCGCAGCGUCCCCUCUUACUAACCCCCACAUCCCCACCCCCAAUCAACCAACCCCCUGUAACCUCACCCCCCAUUUCAACCGCCCCCUGGAACCGCACUCCCUCCCCCCCUUUCUUCCUCCAGACCCCUCCCCACCCACGAUGAUCCCUGUCCAGUUCUUCACAGGUGGGGAUGCUGGUCACAGGUGGGGCUGCUGGUCACAGGUGCCUGGUGCUGGCGGCUGGCGCUGGAGCUGGUGCCUGGUGCUGGCGGCUGGUGCUGGUGCUGGUGCCUGGUGCUGGCGGCUGGCGCUGGUGCUGGUGCCUGGUGCUGGCGGCUGGCGCUGGCGCUGGUGCCUGGUGCUAGCGGCUGGCGCUGGUGCUGGUGCCUGGUGCUGGCGGCUGGCACUGGUGCUGGUGCCUGGUGCUGGCGGCUGGCGCUGGUGCUGGUGCCUGGUGCUGGCGGCUGGCGCUGGUGCUGGUGCCAGGUGCUGGCGGCUGGCGCUGGCGCUGGUGCCUGGUGCUGGCGGCUGGCGCCCGUGCUGGUGCCUGGUGCUGGCGGCUGGCGCUGGUGCUGGUGCCUGGUUCUGGCGGCUGGCGCAGGUGCCUGGUGCUGGCGGCUGGCGCUGGUGCUGGUGCCUGGUGCUGGCGGCUGGCGCUGGUGCCUGGUGCUGGCGGCUGGCGCUGGCGCUGGUGCUGGUGGCUGGCGCUAGUGCUGGUGCCUGGUGCUGGCGGCUGGCGCUGGUGCUGGUGCCUGGUGCUGGCGGCUGGCGCUGGCGUAGGCACGGGCAGAGGUGGUGA